UCGAAAUGUCGACUUGGCUUUCUCUCCAUGGAUACUGCCACACCUGCUGAGUUUCUACAGCAAAUUCUGUGUUUGUUUUUUUAAAAAAAACUGUUUGCAUAAGAUCAAUGCUAAUAUUUGUAUUUGUUAUCACGUGAAAUUCUCGUACCUGGACGGAAGUAGGAUUUGGGGCUUCGUCUUGACUUUAUUAAGAUAUAUGGGUGAGAGUAUUGUACAGCUGGGUAUUUGGUAAUAAAUAAAAGUAUCUGACUUUAAUGAGAUUAGAAUACACAUGGGUUUUGUUUCCUCCUGAAAGUGUUGAGAAUAUGUAUGUGUUCGAGUUGAGUGAGGAACCUCCCCUUCCCUACAAUCGAGAGGCUCCAGUUUGCUGACAUAGAUAUUGUUCCCGUUCCCGUACCUGUAAAGACAUGCGUCGAAGAUUUAUUGCUGCGUGAACAUAGUUUCUACGGUUCGUUUUUGUGUUACUUGCUGGAAACGUUUUGCUUCAUAUGAAAAUCCUCGAUUAGAAGUAUAAGGAUGUUGAGGUUUAUAAAACCUCCACAAACGUAUGCAAAAUCAUCGAGAAACACACCAGAAGAAAACGAUGAAACAGACAGUGAGAGCUCUCUAUUGACAUCAGAGAUCAAAUCCUUUGACUUUGCAGCUGGUCCGGUACCAAAGAAUAGCUGCUCCAGCGAUGGAGGAUUCUCAAAUUAUUCUGGACAAUUCUCUCAGCUCCCAUCACAUUCUGUGAAGAAUGUUAACAGUUAUGCUGUUGCUGCUGCUGCAUUCCAGCAUAGGAAUAACCCUUACAGUUCCCCUGCAGGACACACUGAAAGUUGGCAUGUUCCCUCUGUUUCCAGUUGUGGAGAUGGUUAUACCUACAAAUCUGACAACUGGUUGUCAAAUACUGGCAUGACCGACUUAUCGCCAAGUAGGAGCUUUGGACCACCCUCACCAGUGUCAUUGCAAAGCAGCCUUGGACUAUCGCAACUUGAACCUGGGUUUCCUUUGCAGUCUUUUCCACUCCAACCACCUGUUCACUUUGUGCCUCAAAACCCUUGUCGACCUAAGGUUUCCAUAUACGUUCCUGAACCUGGCCAUUUUCCUCCUACACCUCUGGGCAGAGUCGACCUCACCUCUUGUGGAACACCAGGUUUCAGUCCCCCAAAUGGUCCUGGAAAUGUUUCAUGUCAAAGGGCAGUUGCUCCUACAGAUCCAGUAAAUACAAAUGUACCAUUUAGCCUUGUACUUCCCCGUGAACAGAGAAAGGUUUUUGUGACUUAUGCUACAGAUAAUGACAGACAUGUUGAAGAGGUGAUCAAGUUUGUCGCUUUGUUGAUCAGGAAUGGAUUUGAAACCCAGAUUGAUAUGUUUGAGCAGCAUUUUAGAAGUAUAAACAAAAUCGAUUGGAUGGAAAGAUAUAUCAAUGAUAAAGGAUAUCUGAUCAUUAUCGUUAUCAGCCCAAAAUACUGGGAGGCUGUUACAUCUCAGAACUUUGACGUAAAAAAUGAUGAACAUUCUUUGAAUACAGUCUUUAUCUACAAACAGCUUCAAAAUGAAUUUAUUCAGAAUGGCAGCAAGAACUUCAGAUUUGUUCCAAUUAUUUUCCCGGGAGCUAACAUGAAACAUGUUCCUUCAUGGCUACAAAAUACACACAUCUACCGUUGGCCAAUGCAAACUCAGGAUAUUCUACGACGACUGAUGCGACUGGAAAAAUACAAUCCUCCUCCAGUUGGUGAACUUCCGACUAUCAUUCAGAAAUCUAUAUAAUCUCAGCUUGAUAUUGCUGGAAUAAUAUCAUAAAACAAACUUUUGCUAAUUACAUGGCAUUUUUUUUUGUGGCUAAGGAUAACCAGUUUUCAGUCCAUCAUAGAAAUUCAUUUCUUCAAAAUAUUUCAAAUGUCUGGAAUGCAGUCAAAAAACAAUAACUUUGUAUAAUUGAAAAAUGAUAAGAUUGUGGCCACAACAAAUGAUGUUUAUUUCAAGAUUUGCUCAGCUUGAUGCAUAUCAAGUACAUUUGUUGUAUACGUGACUUACUUGCUAAAUGACGUGUAACAUCAAACAAGUAGCAUUUCUGAAACAUUAACCUAACAUCUCGUUUCAGAGCUCGAUCUUCAUGAAGUUUCUCUCUCUAGUCUUGUUUACUGAUGUUGCCAGUGCUGCCUGUCAUCUGACACUAAUGAUGAGGAUUAAAUUGCUAAAGUAAUCAUGAUGAGAGACAGCAAAAUAUUCACGUUCAAAGGGAUCUAUGUGUCCUUGUAUAUACAUCAAAGUUGAGCAAGUGCAGGAAAUGAUUGGGUAAAUGUAUGACGUGAGCCUUUACUAUGAAGAAGUUAGAAUAUGAAAGUAAGGGAGUCUUACUGCAAUUCUGUAAAAAAUCUUUGUGAGGCCAUAUCCAGCAUAACGUGUAUGGUUCGGGUCUGUUUGCUAAGUGAAAGAUGAACUUGCCUCAACGGGAAUGCAUAAUGUUCACUGAGUUCAUUCCUAUAGGUUGUCCUGUGAAGAAAGCUUGAAUGUUGGGAGGUUGUUUUCUGUGGUUGGAGAAGCUAGAAUCUGCAACAUAAACUGUAGACUGUUGGUCUCAGACUAAGACUGAGAUAAGAAAUUUCUUUACUCAGAGAUGUGAAUGUUAAGAAUUCUUUUACCCUAGAGGACACUGAAUGCUCAGUAAUUGAAUAUGUUCAUGAAUAAUAUUAAUAGAUUAUUUUUGGAUCUUGAGGGAAUUGAAGGAUAUGGGGAUAGUGUAGGAUGGUCAGUCUGAGGUAUAAGAUCAUCCAUGAUUUGUUGACUAAUCAAGCAGGCUCAUGAUGCUCAGUGACCUAUCCCUGUUCUUAUGUUCUCAAGUAGGUACAAACAACUUUUUGAACAGCCAAGUUUGCCCAAAUAGAUGAAUAUUUAAUACAGGACAAAGUGCCUGUAUUAAUAUCUAUGGGAAUGGAACUGGAUAACAAUUGCUGGCAGGUAUUAAUGGCUGGCUCCAUAUCAAACCAUAAAUGUGAUGGGAAUUGUAAUUUCUUAUGGUCACAAUGUGAACUGCUGUGAUUAUUUUUCAGCUUUUGUCGAACCUAAUAGAACAGGAUAUUACACUGAAAGCCAUAAAUCUACUUAAAAGCACACUUGUGGUUUUAUUUGCAUAAGAGUAUCUUUACAAAAAACUAUGAAAACCACCAAAAAAAUUGGUGUCAAACUUAACAAUUCUCAUGGUAAAACUUUAUUUUAGAAACUACUCUCAUCUACGUUUAGAAAUCAUUUAAAAUAAAUUAUUUUCAAGGAAAAGCAACCUUCCUCUUUUUCCUGCCUACUUACACAUUUGGUUUUGUUUUUCUGCUCAGAUUCAAAUAUCUUUUAUUUCCUUUUAUGGCAAAAAUGCACACAGUAUUAAAAAAUAACGAGCGCUAGCACUGUGUACACUUAUCUCUCAUUAUUGCAUACUUCUACGUGUGUAGAUAGGACUAAUCUGCAGUAGAGUACGUCUAACAGUAUCUGCCAUUAGUUAAACUUGUCUCAAGAACCUUCAGCUCAAAAGCUGCUUUUUUUUGCCUGUAACAUUGCAGCAAAUUAGCAUGGUACCUAGGACCUGAAUGAACAAGAGAAGACAACACAGUAUCUUCUCAACUAAAGAGUUUUACAUAUUGGGAAAUAAGAACUUAGAGAGAUGAUAUAAAAAGUGAAUUCAGUACCAUAUAUGCUUAUAAUAAAUAUGCACCUCUAGGGAGGUUCAUUUCUAGUUAUUAACACAGAAAACAGAGUGAUACCAGCGCAUGUAAUGAUUUUACUUGCAAAUUGUUACAAGGGAGGUUGGAGGGGUGCACCAAUUACUUUCAAGUCUCACUCCUGUACUGGUCACAAUGAUGUUGAAGUUUAAUCUAGAUGAUAUGGCCAAUCAUAUAGGUCUUAGACUGCAUUAGGGUUAGCAUUGGGAAUAAGUCAGCCUUUUUUUUCUUUUAGUCAACAAAAGUCAACGUGUUUAUUAUGAAAAACUUACUAUCUUUUUGCAUCUUUGCUAUGUAUAAUCUGCAUUCUAACAUCUCAAAAUUAACAUGAGGCAAAUAUGGGUCAUAGACAAUCUUUGUUUGAACACCCUACAGAACACAGUGAGCAACAACUGGGAUUGAGACCAAUCCCAUAGAUUUCCCCACAUUCCUCUCCAGAUGCUACCGACACUGGGUCAGCAGAUCUUAUUAAAGCUUCACAAGGGAUUAUAGUUCCUCACUUUUGAUGACCUGGCCUUGAAAUUACACCCCCAAAGAGCUACUCAGUCAUGGACUGCCCUAAUGAUUGCUUACAGGCUGUUGGUUCACUUUCCUUUCCUGUGUCUAUGGAAUUCUGGAAUCUAUGCCCCAGCACUUAUUCAUUCACAACUCCAGCUUCACCAAACUAGAAUUGCCCAAAUUUUUUUCCUGAAUUCUAAUCUUGUUCAGUUGGUUAAAGCAAAUAUUGCUCGUUUAUUUCCUUCGUCUUCACUAGCUAUUAACGAUGCACAAUAUCUUCCAAGCCCCUCCAGAUUUUUUCUGAACUUUAACACCAACCCUAAGCUGUGCCUACUGAUUCCUAGGAUAUUUUCCUCAAUUUUGACUUCACACAGCUAUUCAACUGCCGUCAACUUCUAACUCUGUCUUAACUAUACUAUUAGUUAUGCAUCUUCUGACUACCCAUACUUCUUCCUGAAUUCUGACUAUACAGAAUCUGUGGCCCAAAUAUGCUGUUUCAGCACUUUAUUUCCAUAUGGAGCUUGCCACCGUCUUUGUCUGUUAUUUUUCAAUUAACUGUGACCCCAGAACUGUUUGAGGGGCUUAUUAAAAAAACAAGCCCCAUCCCUUUUAGGUAGGUCCAUGUAUAACAAUCAGCAGUGUGGCUAGAAUGUGUAAACUCCGUGGAACUGUCAGCUUCCCGAAUCUUACCACUUUUCACAUUGCUUAUCUCCUACAGUUAGUAGUGCAUAUGAAGAAAAGAGCUCAUCUCUGCAACUAAUGACUAGAAUUAAAAUUGUGUGGUGAGCUUAAUAGUGGACAAGGGCAACAAGUUCCUUUUCAAAACCAUAUGGGUUGGCUAGGGGCAAAUCUUAUUUCUGUUCUUUGUGAAGCUAUAGCUAACUUGGGUAGCAACUUUUGGACAUUCAUGUUUAACUCCCUAUAACAUUGCUGUAUUGUUUAUCCAUAAGUUAUGAAGACAUCUUAAUUUUGACAGCAAUUUCUACACCAAUAUUAGUCUCAAUUUUCUGUCUUCAAGGAUUCUUUAUGGAUCUUUUACAGAUAACACAAUUUGUGGCCAGCUGACCUAAUGCUUUUAUCUGGAUGAUAUGGUUCUGGAUGAACCUAGAAGGACAAGGGCAGCAAACACAUGAGAAUACCACCAUGUGCAAACUUGUCACCAUUCCAUAUACCAUCUUGGACCUAUGUAUCCUUUACACCUUCACUGUCACUAGGUCAAAAUCUCUUCUCAACUGCACUGUGGGUGUGUUUUACACCACAUUGACUGCAGUAUUUCAAGGAGGAGACUCCCCACCACCUAUAUUGAGAGCAAUUGGACAUGGACAAUAAAUGCUUGGCUAGACAGUGGCACCCAUAUUUAAAAUAAAAGUCCUGUGCAGGACUAUAAUGGCUUUUAACAUAUUCAAGCUGCAAAUUCAAUUUCUCCAGAUGACCGAUCCAUUUUUUGAGAGUUUGGUAACUUCCUUACCAAUAAAAUUGGCCUGAAUGGACAAUUGAUAUAUUUAGUGCAGUACUGUGCUAGAUUUCCAAAAAGGCAUUUGAUAGGUACGUACAAAAUGAUUUAACAAAAGCUCUCAUUGUGUUGGAGGUAGUGCAUUAACACGGCUAAAAGAUUGGCUAACCAGCAGAAGACAGAGUUGGGAUAAUGGGGCCGUUUUCAGGAUGUAACUAGUGGAGUGUCACAGUGGUGAUCUGAGUCAUGAAGACUAGGAUGAUCAUUAAACCAAAUUGGAUUGGGAUUUCGUGAGUUGAUAUCUACCUAGAUAGCAACAGGGAAACAAUUUAUUUCCUAUCCUGUGGCUUUUGAGAAAGGGUGCAAUCUGAUUAGAGCUUAAUUUUGGCUUAUUCAAUUAUAUCUGCUGGAAGGAAAGUGAUAUUUUCCUGUUGCACAAGGACAGGCCAGAUCUGAUAUCUUGUUAUUGAAUAAUUCAGACUCUUGGGUCUGAAUCCACACAAGGCAAAUAAACACGUGGGCUACUAACAGUUGUGGAACUAUAAAAUGGAAAAGCUCAGCAGGUCUGACAGCAUCUGUGGAGAGAAAUCAGAGUUAAUAUUUCACAUCCAGUGACCCUUUCUCAGAACCUCAGUUGCUGCUAGACCUGAGCUUUUCCAGCAAUUUCUGGUUUUGUUUCUGAAUUCGAGCAUCUGCAGUUCUUUCAGUUUUUAAUAGUGGAACUAUUCUGGCUACGUAAAUCAUUACAUUCACAUUGGUGGUAGUGGAAGUAGAGACUCAAUGCCACUUGUACUUCUGUGUCAUUGACUGUUGUGAUGGCCAUAACAUCUAGUUUGAAUGUAGAGGAGCAAAUUGAUGCAGAGCAGCUAUACAAAAUUCUAUGCCUAAAAGUGUUGCAUUUUUUCCCCAAUGUGCUUUAAAUAUAAAACAUUCCAACUGGUGCUGUAUUUAUGGGAAAUGUAUUUUGUUUUAUCUAUCUGUGAUUGAUUGAAGUGUUAUUUUGAAGUUUUUGUAGGACACCACAUAUGGCGGUAUAGAGUAUUCUCACCGCUGAGUGGAGUUCACAAAUCAGGAUGAGCCAUUCAGCUGCCUUCAAAGCUCAACUGACUAUAACUUUAGAAUAGUAUUACCUGAACUCUGGAAGCAUGUUUUCCAUAUGCUAUCUUGCCUACAGUUAACACUUACCCUGCGUAAAAAACAAUGAAGGGGAUAUGUGGCUCUUGCGAAUAAAAAUUAUUUGGUAAAUAUCUGUCAAAGAUAAUUUUGAAUGUUUUCAUAAGUCUUGUUUUCUUUAAUCCAGAAUUUGAUGGCAUUGGAAUUCA